CUAAUUCGAUAUUUUAUCGAAGUAAAACUUAAAAUAUAACAUUCCUAUUGUCACGACUGUUCAAUUGAAGACGCAUCUAACAAAGGUUUUCCAUAAAACGUUCAACGAUUAGUUAUUCCAAUCUAGUAAUGAGGUGUUCCUUGAUUUUUUUUCUGCUCUGCCAAAUCAACGAUUCACAAGUAUACAAGAUUUUAUCGUUAUCGUAUAGUAGAUAACGUUAACGUGUAUAUAUGUAUAGAAGCUAAACGUAGAACGCUGUUGCAGCGUUUAGCUUCUAAUUUCUCGCAUUACGUGUAUCCGAUUUCGGAUUGUUCGUUCGUUAUAUCGUUCUAUCUGCGUACUUCGAACGGACGUAAUAUUUCCGCGCGUGUAUAUAUCGUGUCGAGUCGACUCGAGAAAACUAACGUGGAAAGUCAAAUAAAAACAAAGAUUUAUUAUACAAGUGUGUAAAAAAAAAAAAAAAAAAAAACAAGGAGAAGCAAUUAAGAAUUUUUCCUGUACCAUUAACCAUCGCAUUAAAUUUUUCUUUCAUUUGUUUUUCUUUUAUUCACAUCAAGUAAAGUAUUCCAAUGUUGUGCGAUAUGACGUACGUGAACUAUUAUACAUUGACUAUAAUGUUUCUUCUAAUCACGUGUACCGUCGUCAAGUGUUACAUCAUGGAAGAAACUAAACUUCUGAGAUUAUGUGUACCGCAAAAAUCAUGCGAAAGUUGUUUGGAAGCUCACGAUUCUUGUGCUUGGUGCAGUGAUUGGUUGUAUUCUAAUUCAACUCUGGGUAAACCGAGAUGUAAUUUACCGGAACGAUUAAAAGCGUUUGGUUGUCCGAUAGAAGAAAUCAGGAAAGCACCAAGUGCAUACAUGCAAUAUAUAGAAAAUGAAGAUUUUCAAGAUGUUGCAAAAAAUCAAUUACCUGUGCAAUUGAAACCGCAAAAGGUUUACCUCAAGCUAAGACCAAAUUCAAAAAUGGAAAUUAAUCUUCAGUAUCGACCGGCGAAAAACUAUCCAUUAGAUUUAUAUUAUUUGAUGGAUUUAACAUGGUCGAUGAGAGACGACAAAGAUACUCUCGUUGGUUUGAGUAAAAAAAUGGCACAAACUUUGGGAAAUUUCACGAACAAUUUUCGUCUUGGAUUUGGUAGUUACGUUGACAAACCAUUGAUGCCGUAUAUUUUUCCUGGUCACGAAAAUAAUCCUUGUAAGAGCCAACAUACUACCUGUGCUCCACUUUAUUCGUUUAAACAUCAUCUUCAAUUAACGGGGGAUGUCAAUCAAUUCGUAAGGAAGGUGAACAAUAGCGACGUUACCGGUAAUGUUGAUAAUUUGGAAAGUGGUUUAGAUGCUGUUAUUCAAGCUAUAGUUUGCGAGAACGUUAUUGGGUGGGGUCAUCAAGCACGAAAAUUAAUGCUACUUGCUACAGAUGGAUACUUGCAUUUUGCUGGUGAAGGGAAGUUAGGAGGUGCCGUUAAUCGACAGGAUUUCCUAUGCCAUUUAGAUGAACACGGUCAAUACUCUCUCGCAAAGGAAUACGAUUAUCCUUCGCUAGGCGAAGUUUCAAGAUUACUCCAAGAACACAAAGUCAAUUUGAUAUUCGCUGUCACGGAGGAUCGUCGCGAGGAAUACGAAAUGAUGGCCGAUUUGCUCAAAGAAAAAGCUAGAGUAGCAACUCUGGCUGGUAACAGUUCGAAUAUUCUUGAAAUUAUUCAAAGUUCUUAUCACGAGAUCAUAUCUAAAGUAGUAUUUCGCGAUAAUUCAACGAGCCCAUUGAAAUUAGAAUAUUUUUCUAAUUGCGGGAAGGAUGGAAUGCAAUUAAAUACAGCCGAGUGCGAUGGUAUUCAAGAAGGACAAAUAUAUGAUUUCAAGGUAGUCUUUUCUAUGGAAUCCUGUCCGAGAAAUGAAACACUUUGGAAACAAACAGUGAUAAUAGACGAUGCCUUGGCGUCAGAAGCAUCCGAAAUAAUCGUCCAAGUCGAAUUGUUAUGCGGUUGCAAUUGCAAAGAUCAGGAUAGUUCGCGUUGUCAAAAUGGGAUAAACGAAUGCGGUAUUUGCAAAUGCGAUCCUGGAUGGUCUGGAGAAACGUGCGAUUGCGACGAGAGUUCUUGGAUUGAAAAUCGUUUGCAAUGCAUAGAAGAUAGCUCGCAGGAAGUUUGUUCGAGUAGAGGGGAAUGCAGUUGUGGCAGAUGUAAUUGCGAUGCCGGUUAUAAUGGUCAAUUCUGCGAAUGCUCGCCUUGCGAUAAGACUGACGGAAUCGAAUGCGGUGGUCGAGGAACAUGCGAAUGCGGUACGUGUAAUUGUAUAGAAGGUUGGAAAGGAGAUGGUUGUCAAUGUCCAUCGGACGAUAAACUUUGCAUUGCACCUGGAAGCAAUGAAAUCUGCGGGAAUCACGGAUACUGCGAUUGUGGCCAUUGUCGGUGUAAUACUACGGCAGCCGAUGGCCUAUUUUAUCGUGGAACUUUCUGUGAAUCGUCAGCGAGUUCUGGCGGUAGCGGUCUUUGCAUUCUUUACGAUUCUUGCGUUAAUGCAACUGUGGAAGUUGCACAAGAUACUGAACAACUGUGUCAGACAAACACAAGUUUCUAUCAAAUUGAAAGAGUGGAUACUGUUGAUACAGGACACGAACAUUAUUGUUUUAUUAUAACUAGCAAAGAAAGAACAACUUGCAUCAUUCCUUACAUUUAUCAUUUUAACAAGGAUAAUACCGUGACUCUAAAAAUUGCUAACAAGUCUUGCCGUACGUCGUUGCAUGCAGCAUUUAUACCAGGAAUCAUUUUUAUUGCAAUUUUGAUCCUGGGUAUAAUAGGUUUAUGCAUAUGGAAAUGUUGGACUGCCAUACAAGAUAAAAGGGAGUACGCUAAAUUUGUAUUAGAAAAGCAGAAAACUGUAUAUUGUUUAGAUGAAAAUCCAUUGUUUAGGCCUGCCACAACUCAAUUCGAAGUACCAUUGGCGUAUAAAGAUAAUUAAUUUUUAUUCACAAUAAGAAUCAAAUUUAUAAUUUUAAUAUAUCAUUUUAAUUGAAAGUCAAACCGAAGCUGUGAGAUUAUUUAUUUGAAGAAAUACUUCUAGGUAAAAUUUGUGAUUGUUUAGGACUAUCGUCAAAUAUUUCUUGACACGUUUCAGUCCAAAAAUGAUUACUAGGCAUGAAGUAAAUUGACUGCAAUUACCAGCAAAAAAAAAAAAAA